GUGUGUGUGGAGUGUGUGUGAGCGUGUGUGUGGAGUCCUGAAUAUGCAGCUCCUUGUGGUGGUAACGUGCCUCCUGGCAGGCUGCCUGGCCCAGAGGCCUCACCCGUGCUCGAGUCCUCGCCUUCUGAGCGGAGACCUCACCGUGUCCACACAGAAUGAGAAGCUGUGGACCGGCGCCAAGUACCUGUACGAUGCUCUGGGCCAGCGGAUCCGGGUGAUGGAGAUCGGCGCGUACGAGAAUAAGUCCUUCACCUACGACGCUCUGCUGCUCUACAAAGAGCGUGUCAUGUAUGAGAUCAACCAACAUGACCGCACCUGCAAGAAGAUGCCUCUGAAGGGAGACUUCCAGCCGAUGGCCAUCCCCAAGAACGCGACUCUGGCCGGUCAGAUUAUUCUGGGCAGCUCGUCUGGACCCGGACAAGGACUGCUGGUCAACACGUGGAUGGGAGACCUGCCCGAGAAAGCAGGAAAGUUCAUGAGCACGGUGACUGAAUUCGGUUGUAUUCCCAUCAGCACCGUGUACCACACGCCGAAGUUCGGAUGGAUGGUGACCACCUUCUUCAACAACGUGGUGGGGAUCUCGGACCCCGGGCAGCUCAACCCGCCGGCCUACUGCCUGAAUGCCGGGGUGAAGGUUGAGGAAGAGGAGCCGACCGAUUUCCUCAGCUUGUUCCUCAACAAGCUGUGAGCGCCUCGUUGGAGAUGAAUCAGUGCGGCGCUACUGAAUCAGAGCUUUGUGACGUGGUGAAUCACGUGUACUCCUGCAAGGUGUAAUGUCAAACUCAAUAUUAGGUUUUUUCCAUAUUUCUGUCUAUUUUCAAAUCAACAAUUACAUUUUAGAAAGCUAAGAAACCUGCUGAUGUGUGAGCAUUAUGUCAUGUUUAUUCAUAAGCGCUGAAGAAUAAAAAAUAAAAAAAUUA